GACAAUGGCCCUUUUAGCUCGUAUGUUCAUACCCUUUCAAACGAUCACGUUGUACCUAUCAUCAGACCAUCGGCAUUGCCAACCGUUUGUGAAGAAGAUAGUUUAUCUUCCAUGCCACCUUCUAAGUUCAUGCGAUUGAAUAAUCCUUUGUCUCCCAAUUGUUCUUUCAUCGAUCCUUCCAUACACUCGUACCUUCCUGGAUCGUCUGAAGGUUCGGGGACUUUCAAUGUGAAUUUGUUAUUAGGAAGUGACAUUCUACCAAAUGAACUUGAAUUCCAAGGAGACAAUGGUGGAAUGUUUUGCACUGAUCUCCUACAAUGCUCUUUCAACUCAAAUGAACUCCAGGCUCUUAGCAAUGAAAGUCAAUAUCUUGUGAACGGAGGCGGGAGUUCUACAACUCCAUUGGCAUCGGAAAUCACAAGCUUGGAGUCCGAUGCCUUCAGAAAUUCUUACAAACUUUCGAGCAAGGAGAGGAAAGAGAAGAUCCAUAGGUACAUGAAGAAAAGAAACGAAAGGAAUUUCAGCAAGAAAAUCAAGUACGCUUGCCGGAAAACUCUGGCAGAUAGCCGGCCACGAGUAAGAGGCAGAUUUGCAAAGAACGACGAGUUCGGGGAGAACAACAGAACCAACAGCAACCAUGAAGAAGACACAGAUGAAGAUAAUCAGCAUGUAGCGGUGAAGGAUGAAGAAGAGAAUUUCGAAUCAUCGGACAUUCUUUCACAGUUAAGUGGAGUGAAUUCGUUCAAAUGCAAAUACUCGAUUCAGUCAUGGAUUUGAAUCCAUGAAGAUG